AUGAGGCGGAAGGAGAAGCGGCUUCUUCAGGCGGUGGCGCUGGUGCUGGCGGCCCUGGUCCUUCUGCCCAACGUGGGGCUCUGGGCGCUGUACCGUGAGCGGCAGCCCGACGGCACCCCCGGGGGAUCGGGGGCGGCGGUGGUCCCGGCGGCCGGACUGGGCUCCCACAAUCAGCAGAAGAAGAUAUUUUUCGUGGGAGAUGGGCAAAAGCUGAAGGAUUGGCAUGACAAAGAAGCCAUCAGGAGGGACGCCCAGCGCGUAGGAAAUGGAGAACAAGGGAGACCUUACCCCAUGACCGACGCUGAGAGAGUGGAUCAGGCGUACCGAGAAAAUGGAUUUAACAUUUACGUCAGUGAUAAAAUCUCCCUGAAUCGCUCUGUCCCUGAUAUUCGGCACCCAAACUGCAAUGGCAAACGCUACCUGGAGACACUCCCCAACACCAGCAUCAUCAUCCCCUUCCACAACGAGGGCUGGUCCUCCCUCCUCCGCACCGUCCACAGCGUGCUGAACCGCUCGCCCCCGGAGCUGAUCGCCGAGAUUGUGCUGGUUGAUGACUUCAGCGAUCGAGAGCACCUGAAGAAGCCACUCGAAGACUACAUGGCCCUUUUCCCCAGUGUGAGGAUUCUUCGAACCAAGAAACGGGAGGGGCUGAUAAGGACCCGGAUGCUGGGGGCCUCAGCAGCAACUGGGGAUGUCAUCACGUUCUUAGACUCGCACUGUGAAGCCAAUGUCAACUGGCUCCCCCCCUUGCUCGACCGCAUCGCUCGGAACCGCAAGACCAUCGUGUGCCCGAUGAUUGACGUGAUUGACCACGAUGACUUUCGGUACGAAACACAGGCAGGGGAUGCCAUGCGGGGCGCCUUUGACUGGGAGAUGUACUAUAAGCGGAUCCCAAUUCCUCCAGAACUGCAGAAAGCUGACCCCAGUGACCCAUUUGAGUCUCCCGUGAUGGCCGGUGGACUGUUCGCUGUGGAUCGGAAAUGGUUCUGGGAGCUGGGCGGGUACGACCCAGGCCUGGAGAUCUGGGGAGGGGAGCAGUAUGAAAUCUCAUUCAAGGUGUGGAUGUGUGGGGGCCGCAUGGAGGACAUCCCCUGCUCCAGGGUGGGCCAUAUCUACCGGAAGUAUGUACCCUACAAGGUUCCCGCCGGAGUCAGCCUGGCCCGGAACCUGAAGCGAGUGGCGGAAGUGUGGAUGGAUGAGUAUGCCGAGCACAUUUACCAGCGCCGGCCCGAGUACCGCCACCUCUCUGCUGGGGACGUCGCCGCCCAGAAGAAGCUGCGCAGCUCCCUUAACUGCAAGAGUUUCAAGUGGUUUAUGACCAAGAUUGCUUGGGACCUGCCCAAAUUCUACCCGCCCGUGGAGCCCCCCGCCGCAGCUUGGGGGGAGAUCCACAAUGUGGGCACAGGGCUGUGUGCCGACACGAAGCAUGGGGCCCUGGGCUCCCCGCUGAGGCUGGAGAGCUGCGUCCGGGGCCGCGGGGAGGCUGCCUGGAACAACAUGCAGGUGUUCACCUUCACCUGGAGAGAGGACAUCCGGCCCGGAGACCCCCAGCACACCAAGAAGUUCUGCUUUGACGCCAUCUCCCACACCAGCCCUGUCACCCUCUAUGACUGCCACAGCAUGAAGGGCAACCAGCUGUGGAAGUACCGCCAAGACAAGACCCUGUACCACCCGGUCAGCGGCAGUUGCAUGGACUGCAGUGAGAGCGACCACCGGAUCUUCAUGAACACCUGUAACCCCUCUUCUCUCACCCAGCAAUGGCUGUUCGAACACACCAACUCGACAGUCUUGGAAAAAUUUAACAGGAACUGAGCUCUCACGUGUCCUCAGCAGGCCUGGCCCCGCUGCAGACUUCCUCUCCGAGGGAGGCAGGGCUUCUGUGGGCGCCGUGAUGUGAGAGGUGCUGGCCCGCCGGUCUAGG